AUGGGAUAUCAUUCGGCGAAAAUUCGGUCCCAAAGCUAUAAAGACAAUAUGUGUUCAGAAGCUACCAAACCACAAAAUAAAAUUUUAAACAGGUAUAGAGAUGUAAACCCAUACGAUCAUAGCAGAAUAGUGUUAACCAGAGGUUCGACAGAUUAUAUCAAUGCUAACCUUGUUAAGGUUGAAAGAGCAAAUAGGCACUAUAUACUUACACAAGGGCCUUUAAGUAAUACGUAUAGUCAUUUUUGGUUAAUGAUUUGGGAACAAGAUACGAAAGCUGUAGUAAUGUUGAAUAAGUUGGUAGAAAAAAAGCAAGAUAAAUGUUAUCAAUAUUGGCCGUCCAAAAUUGGUCCAGAUCAUAUAAUGAAACUUGAAGACGUUGGACUAACCGUAGAAUACGUAGAGCAACAAGAUCAUUCUUAUUAUCUCACUAGAGUCCUUCGACUGACGGAUACAGAGAGCGGCAAAUCCCGUGACAUACUGCAAUAUCAUUAUACAACAUGGCCUGAUUUUGGAGUACCAAGUUCACCAACCGCCUUCUUAGAAUUUCUUAAGAAAGUACGAGAUGCAGGAGUAUUGGAAGCAGAUGUUGGACCUGCUGUAGUCCAUUGUUCCGCUGGAAUCGGAAGAUCAGGGACUUUCUGUUUGGUUGAUUCUUGUUUAAUUUUGAUUGAAAAAUAUGGUUUAAAUUCCGUCGACCUUAAAGAAAUUCUGUUAGAAAUGAGGAAAUAUCGAAUGGGUUUAAUCCAGACUGCUGAGCAGUUGCGAUUUUCAUAUCAAGCCAUCAUAGAAGGAACCAAGCAGAUCCUCAAUCAAAAUUCGGAUGGUGGUGGGGAAAACCAUAUAGUAAUAACAAACAACAUAUCCCCUGAUGUAUCUGAAGAAAAUUCAGAGUCAGAAGACGAACCACCACCAUUACCUCCUCCUCGAUUGGACAGCCUUAACAAACCUAAUGGAACACCUCUCGAUAGACCUCUUCCCCUUAUCCCGAAAAGUAUAUCAGAAGAGAACGGAUGGAAUUACGAAAGCAAACAAAAUGGCGACGACGAGGCUUAUAUUCCCAGUGGUCCAUUACCAGUAGUACCGGCUGAUGAAGAACUUAGCGAAGAAGAUGAGCUCGAAGAAGAAGAUGACGAUGAAGAUGUGAGAUCAGAAAGUCCUGUAUCAGACCAAUCUGACCUAACGAACUCUAAAGACAAUUCACAAUCGGAAUUGAGACAACGAAAUCGACAAGAAAGGAAAGAAAAGCUGGAAGCCCAAGUGAGAGAUAUGAAACGUCGCCAACAAGUCAACGAACAGUGGACACAAUUGAAGAGGUCUUUAUACUUACCUUUAGUUAUAGGAGGCUCUCUGCUUUUAGGCGGGGGCCUCAUUGCUUACUUUUAUUUCAAAGAUUGA